CUCCCCCCACCAUAAGCACACACACACACACACACACGCACACACACACCGCAACUCUCUCUCCUCCCUCAGUAACCCCCCACUACCAUCACCAAUAACACACACACACACACCUCCUCAACCCCUUUGUGUGUUUAUGUGUGCAUGCUGAGAAACCCUGUGACGGAUGCUGAGCUUAUAAAAUUCCUUCUUCUUCUUUUUUUAAAUUGUUUUUAUUAUUAUUUUAAAUUACAUGGAUGCAUUUUAUUCACCAGCAACAGCUUCUGCUGGAUGUAUGGAAGCCCGCAGGUGAGAAGAAGGCGGACCGGGUGAGCGCGUGAGAGUCUCACCUCUCUCCAUAGCCAGGAAGCGGAAUGCAAGAGGAGCCUGUUACCAGGAGCAAGUGCGUCAAAACUGGGACUUUUCCACCAUCAGCAUCCCUCCUCUCAUCUCCUCUCCUCGCCUCAUCCCUGCUCCUCCUGUGGCCACGCCACCAUCCCCUCUUCCCUCCCACCCUCCCGUCUCUCCGUCUCCUUCUUCCGUGAUCCCAGAAUAGCCUCGCACCCCUUAUCCCCGGUGGAGUGUUUGGAAUUUCGGGGUGACUCGAGAGGAAGCCGGAGGAUGGAUUAGCAGAGGCGGCGCGACGGCAAAACUGGAGCAGCACGCGCGGCCACGCCGGGGGGGAAGGGGGCGACGGGACUCGGUGAAUUCACGGAGCCCCCGGGAUAGAGGUUGCGACUGGUCCCACCCCAAGAUGACGUCUCCCAAAACCAAAGCCAAGAAGAAACCACCCAAAGACAGCAUGACUCUGCUGCCGUGUUUUUAUUUUGUGGAGCUCCCCAUUGUCCUGUCCUCCUUGGUGUCUCUGUACUUCCUGGAGUUGACAGAUGUCCUUUCCCCGGCGAUGGUGGGCUUCCGUUGCCAUGACCGCGACCUCUCCAUGCCUUACGUGGAGACUGGAGAUGAGCUCAUCCCUCUGCUGAUGCUGCUGAGUUUGGCGUUUGCCGGCCCAGCCGCUUCCAUCAUGUUGGGGGAGGCGGUGAUGUACUGCAUGCAGUCCAAACUGAAGACCUGCCCCAAGUCGGAGGGAAGCAUAAACGCCGGAGGCUGCAGCUUCAACUCGUUCCUGCGCAGGACCGUGCGCUUUGUCGGUGUUCAUGUGUUCGGUCUCCUGGCAACAGCCCUGGUGACAGAUGUCAUCCAGUUGGCUACCGGUUAUCACGCCCCUUUCUUCCUCACCGUGUGCCAGCCCAAUUACACGGCUCCGGGGGUGUCAUGUGACAACAACGCCUACAUCACUCAAGACAUCUGCAUGGGGAAAGAUCAAUAUGCAAUCAUGUCAGCAAGGAAAACCUUUCCAUCCCAGCAUGCUACGCUGUCUGGCUUCGCAGCUGUUUAUAUCUCUAUGUACUUCAAUACCAGCAUCAAUAGCACAACUAAGCUGCUGAAGCCCCUGCUGGUGUUCGCCUUCUGCAUGGCCGCAGGCCUCGCUGGCCUGACUCAGAUAACGCAGCACCGCAGUCACCCGAUAGACGUCUACGUGGGGUACCUCAUAGGAGCUGGCAUCGGAGUCUAUCUGGCUGUGUACGCAGUUGGAAAUUUUAAAGCAUCAGAGGAAGAUUCUCCCUCUUUGCAGAGGCUGACAUCGGUUCAUCACAAGGACGGGCUUAGGGUAUUGACCCAGCGGAGCCACGAUUCCCUGUACAGGAAGACUCCCAGGGUGUCAGAGAGCAGGGAGGAGCUGGGGGCCGGGCUGGGGUCCGGAGCCCGCAGUAAGGUGAGGAGGGACAAGGCGUCCCUGGCCUCGCUGAAACGAGCCAGCGCCGAUGUGGAGCUCCUGGCAACACGUGGCCCCAUGGGCAAGGAAACCAUGGUAACCUUCAGCAACACCUUACCCAGAGUCGCAAAUGGCAACAGCCCCAUCUCCCCAUCCGACGAGCCAGUCGUCACGCAGCGCCACAUGACCUUCCACGUGCCCUUCGAUCCCCAGAGGUCCCGGCAGCUGGUGUCCGAGUGGAAGCAGCGCUCACUGGAGCUCCGCAGCCAGAGCUCCAGAGACGAAGACGAGGGAGACGACGAAAGGGACAGAGGAGGCAGCGGCGGGGCGGCUGCAGGGGAAGGAGAGAGCAAGGGGAUGCCUUCUUCUCUUUACCCGACGGUGCAGGCCAGCAGCGUUACUGCUGCGCCGGCAACGGCAAGGAUGGUCGUGGCACCGCCGCUGGUUCACAUCCCCGAAGAGGCCUCGCGGCCUCCACCCGUUUCCCCCAAGAGUGCCAAAACAAGAGCCAAGUGGUUGUCACUCACAGAGGGAGGAAGUGUGAAAGAGCCUGGAUCAGGACCGAUCGCGGUGUCGACUCCCAGGGUUCCCAAUACGCACCCCAACCAGCUUCCCAGCCAGCAGAGAGUCACUCAGGUCAUAGCCAUGUCGAAGCAGCAGGGUCACGGAGGAACCACUUCGUCGGCCAAGACAUCAGAAGGGGGUUCCUCCUCAGGCGGUGGCUCCAACUGCUCUGAAUCGCCGUACUACCGCAUCCCGUCCGAUCGAGACAGCUGCACCGGCAGCAACCCGGGGAGCGUCGCCGGCAGCGGGAGCAUCGUCACCAUCGACGCUCACGCCCCCCACCACCCGGUUGUGCGCGUGUCAGCCAGCAACGGCAAGCCGUGGGAGUGGAGGAACACCAUCAGCGGCAACAUGAUGAGUGCUGACGCGUCGGGCGACAAGCACCGCAUGGCUCUGCAGCGGCAGGACAACGUCUGCCACUACAGGGACUACCGGACGCUGCCGGGGAAAACUGACUCGCUCGGCUCUUCCACAACCAGCGGGAGUGCAGAGGUGGGGGUGGGGCUGGGAGUGGAGCUGCCUCCGCCACCCCUUCCCACGGCCUCCUCGCCUCUGCUUCCUCCGCCUCAGUUGUCUUCCUCCCUUCUUCCACCACCUCCAUCCCCUUCCCCGUUGCCUCCGCCUCCACACUCAGGUCCUACUCCCAUGCCUCCACCUCCUCCUCAUUCUAGCUCUCCUCACAUGCCCCUACCCCCUCACCCAUCUUCCUCCCAAAUGCCCCCACCUCCUCAUCCGUCCUCCUUGCAAAUGCCCCCCCCUUCUCACCAUUCCUCCUCACAAAUGCAUCCUCACCCUUUAUCCAACCAGAUGCCUCCACCUCCUCACCCAUCUGCCUCUCCGCUACCUCCUCCUCCUCUUCCCUCCUCGUCCAUGCCUCUUCCCCCCCACCCUUCCCACUCCGGCAUGCUUCCCCCUCCACCCCACCCUGACCUGCUGAUGGACGGCCACGGCCAGGCCCUAUCCCGCUCCUCCACCCUGCCCCGCCGGCCCUCUGUGUCGUCCCGCAGCCACGCCGAGCAGGAGCACUACUACAAGGCCAUGCAGAAUGAGAGGAUGUUAUAGUUGGGGAGAGGCGGGGAAGACAACAGACAUUGUGUCAACAUUAGACAUUGUACUUGAAAUGACAGAACUGAGGAAGGCAUUACAAGAAACCAGGCUGCAACAGGUCAGCAGAGAUUUCCAACUUCUGAAAAACGACAAAAAGUUUUGGAGCCACCGAGGGAGCCCAGGACUGUAAGGAGGUCUUGCUGCUUAAAAAAAAAAAACACAGCGGGGUGGCUGUUUUUCCUCGUCUCUCUCGCUUACAGCACCAGCCGAGACUGAGACGAGGAAAGAGAGAAUGAAGGAAAACAAGACGGAAAGGCAAAAAAAAGUGAAGCCUGCUUGUGCUUUUGCCUCCAGUUUUGUUAGCAUCUCUGGAGUUUCUUUAAGGACGGGUUCAAAAGAAGGAGCUGAGAAAGAGAUAUCACAAUGGAUGGUGUGGGAUUUGCUAAAUGAAGUUCCCCUAGGGAGGAGACUGAGAAAACAACUACAGGCAAUGCAUGCUCAUCUGAAACCAGAGCAGCCAUUUGAGGUUUUCCUGUGAUCUCUUUUUAUCCAGCUGAAACACUCUUGUUCCAAUGCACCGUACAGCAGAGAAUACGGCCAAUUCAGCAAAUUUAAUCACAGGUUUAGGAGUAUUAACUACAGCUCACAAAGGCUUGAAAGUGAGGGCAUUGUCUUUUUGAUGCCAAGCAGGUGUAUCAGCAUGCACCAGAGAUGCUCGACUUAGGAAGGAGAGGUGAGUAUAAAUAGGAUCAUGCACCGCUGGGCAACCUCCUAUACGGACGUCACUGAAUGGAUUAUGGCUGUGAACAUUAGAGGCGGUGGAAUGGAAAGAGAAUCUCUUCUAAAAUGAAAAGUGCAGCAGGGGCACUCGGCACGGUGGGACUUUUCAGCGAGCGAAACUCGCCACGGAUUGAAGAUUGAAGCCGAAACACGGAACGUAGAUGAGCGUUUUGUUUAUGAACCCAUGCCAGCGUACGCUUCUCAACCGCGUCCCCCGUUGAAGUGUCAAAGUCGCUCAAGCCAGCGAAGCUAACCUUCCCAUCCAGCACGUCUGAAGCAGAUGGAGGGUUGCAUUGCGCAAGUUUCACAGAUUAACAAGGACACACUUUUCAAAACAACUCCGGAGUUAUCCGUUUGUAAAAUGUUUUUUUUUAGAUAUAUUACCCAGGAGAGCUCUUCAGGAAUACUCAAAUGUGUUCAUUUACAACUUUGUCAAACUGGACUGUUGUCAACUGUCAUUCACCUUUUGUGGGCUAUGAGUGAUUGUCACUCUUGUUAGCCUUUUAGUUAUCACACCAUCACUUUUUUCUUUUUUAAUAAAACAUACAGGUGAGAUUGCUCUUUGGGAGCCGCAAGGAAUUUUAAAUGAAUUCUCUUAAUUUUCUUCUGGGGAGUCACACUCAUUUCCAUUUUUUUCUGCGCUUUUGAAGGACUUUGAUCUUCAAAGUUCAUGUCAUUGAGGGAUUCAGAAGAAGACGUUGAAAUAAUCAGGUUGUAUUAAAUUCCUCUUUUUUUAUUUGUUUUGCAUCACAAAUCCAAUCAUUCUUCCAUCACCAACUUUGUCCCCUUGGCAAUUUUCUUUAGAAAUAAUCUUUUCUGAUAAAUCCAGGCUCUUAUUUUAAACCAGAUGUGUAACCUUUAUUUUAAAGCAUUUUUUUUAUUGAUGGUUGAAUCCCACUGAGAAUUUGAAUCCUGCUUUUAUGGCAAUCUAACAUUUCAAAGAUGAGGAGCCUUUUUUUAUUUUAGAAAAGCUAUACUGUGAAAGUCCUUUUUUCUUUUAUCCUUCUUUCACGGUUCCUCUUAGUAUAUUUGGUGUCCCUGGUUACUAUAGUGAUUCCCACAUUUUCUGGGUAGCAGAAUGUGACUUUCUUGCUUAGAGCCAAGUAAAAUGAUACAUGACAGAAACGUCUAAUCAAAUGGCUGCUGUUUUAGCCCCAUAGGUAGCUAUAGCGAAGGUUUUGAAACCAUACAAAGCACCAGGGUCUGGUGCUCAGUCUGGGUGAUUUUCGUAUUUCUACUUUUGUAGAAGCUAUGCCGAUGUAAAUACGCCUUCAACAUAAGACAUAACGAGAAGAAUCCCUCUCAAAUAACGUUAGUCGAUGGACGAAAUCCUUUGAUCUACCUGAGCUCUGGAGGGAUUCGACAGAAAACUGUCAAAUUUCUCCAAUGGCAGACUCACUGUCUGAAAGUAGACGCAUUUCCAUGCACCGCUGCAGAAAAGGACGUGUCGGUUGAGGUCUGUGGUUGUAAGGCUGGGUUAAAAGGAAUAUUUAAAUUUAAAUUUCCAAGCUUCUUUGGCGCCGAGAGAAUUUAAUAAUGUAAGAGAGUUCUUUCACAAAACAUUGUCUGAUUAAAAUGAGAAACUUGUGUAAAACAUGUAGUAUUAAGUUUACUUGUUUAUCUUGAAGUUAAAUUAUGACGCUAAGUGGAAUUAUUGCUGCUUGUACUGCUGAGAUUGAUGGGUAAAAUAGCCAUUUAGCUUUAAACCCAGGAGAACUAAAACAAUAAAUUAACAGAUAUUUCCUGAAAAUACUUCAAAUGUAUUCAUUUUGCCCCUCAUCAAAUAUUAAGCAACAUUGAUCACUGUGUUAAUCCCUCAAAGCCCCAAAAUAUUAAUAUAUUCAAAAAAAUAUUUGAAAGCUCUAAACAAAAUUCAAGGUAACACUAAAGGUUUAGCUCGUCAAUAAUUUUUUUUUUUUGCCAUUGAAAAGAUUCAUUUUUGUGUUCCUGACAACCCUUUAGUUUUAGCCAUUAGGUCCUGUAAUACACUUAAUUACAAGACAAAAAGGUAAAUACAAACUAACACAAAAAAUUGUCUAAUUAUGUCGUAGGGCAAGAAAAAAUAUUUAAAGGUUGUUUUUUUUUAUUAGUUAAAAAAAAUUUAUGAUUAAGGAUUUCUGUAAUUUAUUUUGUCAGCUGCACAAUAAACAGUCUAAAUGAAUGGACCCUUGGUAAAGAUGUGUCGCAAUGCGGUAGCAGAAUCUCGCACUGAAAAUUAGAAUUAGAAAUCCAAAGUUACACGUUCGCUGGUCACCAUUCCUAACAUCAUUUCCAUGUUUAAUGAAGCUAAUGUUUCUUUCAUCAAACCAAAGAAUAGUCAGGUCCCAGUUAAAGUCUUACAAUUUCACAAACUCCACAAGUUUAUGCUAGUGAUGGUAGAAAUUAUAACCAUUUCCUGGCAUUCCCCACAAAUAUUAAUUUGUCUUGUAGAUAGCAUCUAAUAGGUGAUGUGUCACAUCAUAUUUACAUUUCAUGGAAACAGGAAGUUAUGAAUAUUUAAUGAAAGGUUCCUAGAAAGUCUGACCAGGUUGGAAAAAAACAUCAAUAGUUAUUUUAUAGGAAUGGUUUGGGUUCUAAUAACCGUGCUACUCAUGAUUUUGUCUGCCUCCCCUCCCCACUGAAUAAUUGGGUUCAUACUAAAUGUUGGCAUUGUCUCAACUUUUCACUGUGAGAUUAUUCUACUGCAGUAAAAAAUUUAUUUAUCUUAAGGCAUAUCUUUACCACAGAGUGCUAGUAAGUAUGACACAUGUCCUUUGCCUAUAAGAAAAGGAAGAUUUGCACAACUUCUUGGUGCUCCUUUUAAACUACCCCAACACCUUUUUGUCCGUUUAUAUCUUGUAUAAAGUUUUUCCUUUUUUUCAAGACAGAAGAUUUCUCAUUUAAUCACACGUGGUUCAUUUUGGCCACUAAUUUGAUUGUACUUUUUCAAAACACAAGACUCGACGACGGGUGACAUCGUUGUCCACCUGCUCACCCCUAAAAACCCAAAAGGUAAAUAAACUGGUUUUGUAAAGUUGUCCUAGGAAGAGGUUCUGUUAAAUGACACAAGUUGUGUGUUCUUUUAGAGGUGCUUCUCAGACGAUGAGCCGGUAGUUAAGUUGCCUGUCACUUUGUGCUGCAUGUGUGUAAGAGUGUGUGUUUUUUUAGUACUUAAACCUUUUUGAAAGAAUAAUCCUCUGGUGAAUAUGCUACAGCUUUGAGCCCAGUUUGACUGUAAGAUAUUUGAAAUUACUUAAUAUUAUUAAUACUAUUAUUAUUAUUUAAAAGUCCUCUUUUAUGGGCUAAUGUUUUCUAUCUGUGGUGAUGUGUAACAUUGAUAACUUUGUUGAAUAAAAAAAAUAAUGUCUGCUUAACUGAG